GUUCAAGCUCUGGUAUGGUGGGAACUGGUGGAAAAUGUAUAGACCUUGUUCUGUUUAGAUUGUUUUAUUAUAAAGUGAAUGGGAGAAUGUGGCUUUUUCAUUAAUGAAACUAAAUUUUCUGUCUAGAAAUACACUUACGUGAUGUGGGAAGCCGCUGGAGUCUUAUUAAUUGCUGCAUUUUUUAAUCUGUCUUCCUCUGUCUUACUCAUCCUGUGUGGAGCAAAAACCAGCUACAUUAUUGUUUCAUACUAGUAUUGCCUCCAGACAUCUUUCCUUGUUUGAUUUAUCUCACUGGUAUUGAUUCACAACAUAGCCUCAUGUGUUAAAAUAUGAGAAUAUAUCCAUGGAUUGGGAUGUUUUCAGAUGGUAGAAGGGGUUGCAUACCCCCUCAGAGCCACCUAUUUAUACUGGUUUUUACACACUUAGUUAAUUUCUAUGCCUUUUUUUUUUUUUCUUUGACUAAAAUAUUACUAGGUUUCUAAUUUAAAAUGCAUAUUACAUAGCAUAGGCAACCUGUUUGGUGGCAUUCAGUGAGUCCUGGCUUGAACAUUCUCUCUUUUACAAGUAAAAUGUAGUGCAUUACUUUAAAAAUUACCAUGGCUUAAAAACCUUCUACUGAGCUGGAACUCACUUUACUUUCUUCUCUGUCUUCUCAUCCUCAAUACUAAUGAAGAGUCUACAGAGCAUAUGCUGUUCUCCUUUGCUCAGGGUCAUUCUGCUGCCUUGACUGGGGCACUGUAGCUAUAGCUGACUAUUUUUAAACAUUUUUAAAUUUCAGGAAAAAGAUCUGAGCUCACCAACUCAUAGUUGUAUUGUCUCUGUGAAGCACUGUCAAUUUCCAAAUGUGCAUAGGGCUCUUUCUCAGGGUAAAGUAGUGCUUAAGAAAAGGUUCAAAAGCAAACAAAUCAGGUUUUUCAAGCUGAGAUGUCUUGAAGAAAAAUGGAACUAAAAUGUUAAAAAUAAUUGUGGAGAUUAAACAGCGCUGUGCUUGUAUAUUGCCUGAUAAUUGGCAUCUAAAAUUCACACAUACAGAGCAACAAAGUCGUUCAAUCAGUUUGCAGCUCUUAGCAGCUUGUUUUGUGUAUGGCAUGUGGGCCUAGUGGAAGGAAUUUUUUUGCCCUAUUCAAAACAGUUAAUCAUGUAUUGCUUUCUAAGUUCCUUUUCUGUAGAGAACACUAACAUAUCCUCUGCUGCAGGAUCCAUUUAUCCUGCUUCCAUUGUCAUACUGACAAUGUAGUGAGAUCAUAGUGCUAUAAUGUGCUAGGGGAACGUAACUCUUUCAUGACUGCUCCUGAUCUAUUCUUCCAUGUAGGUCGUAGCACGUAUACUUCAUUUGAGAAACUAAUAUCUUUGGAAAUUAGGACUGGCAUGUGCAGUAUGCCUUACAAUCUCACUUAGCAGCACUGAAGUUUAUGAUAGUGUGGCAUUGUACUUUAAAUUUGCUGUUAAUUUUUACAGGUGAACUCAGACCUGAUAACUUGAAUAACACUGCUACCUUUGUGCCGUUCAGUAUAUAUGAAAAAAAAAAAUUUUAGCCACAAAAUUAAAAUUUGUUAGGGAACUGAUCACUUUUAAAUGGACGUUCAAUAAUUUCCUAAACCUGGUAAAAUACAAGAAAGACUAAAACCUGAAGGGGUUAUAUUAAUGUAAAUUGUGGUGGGGUUUAUGCGAAAAAUGGUACAAAUUAGGUUUUGAAUGUGUAUAAAACUAAGAUUUUUUUUUAAUUGUGCCAAGUUUCAAAUCAAUGGGGGAGGGGGAAAAAGAGGUGGCUUCAGGAUCAAGGAUUUAAUCAGCUUACACUUACGUAAUGCAUUAGGCUUAUUCAUUGUUACUGGCAUGCUGAAUGUUAGACUAGCCCUAAAGUCAAUACAAACCAAUGGAACACUGAAGACUGCUCAAAUCUUACCAAAUACUCUGCAUUCAGGUUGGAAAUCCACGGGUUGAGCUCACUCUUUCUGAACUUCAAGAUAUGGCUGCCCGACAGCAGCAGCAGAUUGAAAAUCAACAGCAAAUGUUGGUUGCUAAGGAACAACGUUUGCGUUAUCUGAAGCAGCAAGAACGUCGUCAGCAGCAGUCUGUUUCUGAGAGUGAAAAGCUUCAAAAACUUAAAGAACGUGUUGAAACCCAAGAGACAAAGCUGAAAAAAAUCCGUGCCAUGAGGGGGCAAGUGGAUUACAGCAAGAUCAUGAAUGGCAACCUGUCAACAGAAAUUGAGCAUAUAAGUGCCAUGUUCCAGGAAAAGCAGCAGGAGCUACAGGCUGCAGUGUUAAAGGUGGAUCAGCUUACUCAGCAACUGGAGGAUUUAAGGAAAGGGAAACUGAAUGGGUUUCAGUCCUACAAUGGACAAAUGACAGGACCUGCAGCAGUAGAACUAAAAAAGUUGUAUCAAGAGCUACAGAUUCGUAACAGGCUUAACCAGGAGCAGAACUCCAAGCUUCAGCAGCAGAAAGAACUCUUAAACAAACGCAAUAUGGAGGUGGCUAUGAUGGACAAGCGAAUCAAUGAGCUGCGUGAACGACUAUACAAGAAAAAAGUUGAGGCACGUCAAAAAGAAAACAUCCCUUUGAAUCGUAUUAAUGGAACUUCAUCACCCCAGUCAUCCUUGAGUGCUUCAGGAAGGGUGGCGGCAGUAGGACCUUACAUCCAAGUUCCAAGUGCUGGCACUUAUGCUGUACCAGUAGAUCCAGUUAAACCACAGUCUCUCACCAUUGCUUCUAGCUCAACACAUGGAAGAUCAAAAUCUGAGACAGACUGUGGGUGUGUGAAAAAAUCUCCAGACACCUGGAAGGUUUCUGAUUUAGACAUAAUAGUGGAUCCUAUUCUGUCACCUCCCACUUCUCUUCAGUCUGCUGUUCACAAUGUCAUCCGCCUGGCACCUACUCUCUUUGACACCCAGCACUCUAAUGAUGGCAACUGGCCAAUACUUAAACAGAGCUCAACGCCUGUGGUCAAACCCCCUCAGAUCUCCAACACAGACUGGAAAGAAUCAAGCAUGGAUACUGCUUUAAAACAAGGAACUAUAUCCAGCCAGCCUUUGCCAACUUCAGUAUUAGGAAGUACUGAUAAGCUGGGUCUUGACCUGGGGAAGGUGCCACCGACAGUUCCUGGCGUAAGCAAGCAGUUGCCUCAAAACUAUGGGACCUAUCCAAGUCCAGUUCCCUUAGGAACAGGUUCUACAAAUUCUCUAGAAAGAAGGAAGGAUGGCAGCCUGCCCAGACCUGGCACUAGUAUAACAAAUCGGCAAAGACCUGUUCCGCUUCCGCCACCAAGCAAUGCACAUCAGCCCAGCUCUUCACAGCAGAUUCAACAGAGAAUUUCUGUACCUCCCAGCCCUACGUAUCAACCUUCCGGUCCCCCCUUGUUUCCAGGAGGAGAUGGCAGGCCAGAACUCCCUUUAACUGUGGCAAUCAGACCUUUUCUAGCUGAUAAAGGAUCAAGACCUCAGUCUCCUCGAAAAGGGCCACAGACAGUGAACUCCAGUUCCAUCUACUCAAUGUAUCUCCAGCAAGCAACACCACCAAAGAAUUAUCAACAAGCUGUAUACAAUACUUUAAACAAGUCAGUAAAAGCAGUCUACGGAAAACCUGUAUUACAAUCUGGUUCAACUUCUCCCUCACCCUUGCCAUUCCUUCAUGGUUCUUUGCCUGCGCAGACUUCCUCACAGCCACAGUCACAGCCUCAGACUGAGGUAUCUGAAAAAGAUCAAGAGCUGGAAAAUGCUCCGCCAUCCAGUGAAAACAGCAAUGUGGAAAACAUUCCUCGUCCUCUCAGUCCUACUAAGCUGACACCUAUUGUGCACUCACCCCUACGCUAUCAAAGCGAUGCUGACCUUGAAGCUCUAAGAAGAAAAUUGGCCAAUGCCCCUAGGCCAUUAAAGAAGCGUAGUUCUAUCACUGAACCAGAAGGCCCAAGUGGACCAAAUAUACAAAAAUUGUUGUAUCAGCGCUUUAAUACUCUGGCUGGAGGAAUAGAAAGUGCUCCUUUUUAUCAGCCAAGCAAUCCACAGGACUUCAUAGGCAUCUUAGCUGAUGUUGAUAAUGGUAACACUAGUACCAAUGGCAAUAUUGAAGAACCGAUUUCCAUACAGCCUACAGUUCCCCUCCCUGAUGAGCCACCCCCUUCGUCAGAUGCCAACGAUAAUGAAUUACCUUCCCCUGCUACCGAGGAACUGAUAAGCACUGAAACCACAAAUCAAACCUCUGAGACAACUGAAGAUAACAACAAUAAUCCUGCUAUAGUUCCUUCUACUGAAGAGUCAUCCAGUCCCACACCUGAGGUCAGUUCACCAGUAGAAGAUGAAGCUCCUUUGCCACCUGCUGUUCCUCCUCCACUUCCUCCAACAAAACGUACCAACUUGAAGAAACCUAACUCUGAAAGAACAGGCCACGGUUUGAGAGUGAAGUUCAAUCCGUUGGCCCUUCUCCUAGAUGCUUCUUUGGAGGGAGAAUUUGAUCUUGUACAACGAAUCAUAUAUGAGGUUGAUGAUCCCAGUAAACCAAAUGAUGAAGGAAUUACACCUUUGCAUAACGCAGUGUGUGCUGGUCAUCACCACAUUGUGAAGUUCCUGCUUGAUUUUGGUGUAAAUGUAAAUGCAGCAGAUAGUGACGGGUGGACACCCUUGCAUUGUGCUGCUUCUUGCAAUAGUGUUCAUCUCUGUAAACUGCUGGUUGAAUCUGGGGCAGCUAUUUUCGCUUCAACUAUAAGUGAUAUAGAAACUGCUGCAGACAAGUGUGAAGAGAUGGAAGAAGGCUAUAUUCAGUGUUCCCAGUUCUUGUAUGGAGUGCAGGAGAAGUUGGGAGUGAUGAAUAAAGGAGUGGUGUACGCUCUGUGGGAUUACGAAGCCCAGAAUAAUGAUGAGUUGUCAUUUCACGAGGGUGAUGCCAUUACUAUUCUAAGACGUAAGGACGACAAUGAAACAGAGUGGUGGUGGGCCCGCCUCAAUGACAAAGAAGGCUAUGUGCCUAAAAACCUUCUUGGGUUAUAUCCACGAAUAAAACCUAGACAGCGAACCCUUGCUUGAAAUCGGUUGUACAACAGUGCAAUACCGUGCUGGUAACUGGAAACUUAAAACAUACACUGGAGCCAUCAUUUUUGAUCAUUUCACACAGAGAAAUAAAACUAUGACAUUUAGUUUUAAUGGUGCUUUCUCUUGUUAAAUGGACAGCAUCCACGAUUUUCAAGAUCUGCAGUUUGUAAAUGAGGAUCGUUUUUAUGUGACCCACCACUGAUGAGGACAGUGAUACCUCCACUACCUACAGUGUUGCGCCAACUAUCAUCUAAAGCAGUGUUUUAAGUUAAAGUUCCAUGGUAGGAGCUUUCUUGUGUUCAAUGUUCAGAGGUGUCAUUUGCGGAGUGCAGAUACGCUGUCCAGUUUGCUCCAACCCCACAGUAACUGUCCCACGUCAGGACUUUGGACAUUUUGUUUGAUACCAGUGAAUGUUGAGUUCUUAUUACUGAUCAACUUUUUGGGUUCUAGGACACAAGAUCUUCACCUAUUACAUGUGUAACUUAAGUAGUCACCAAAGCUUGAUGAAGGCUAGGAUUUUAAGUGUUUACAUGCUCUACACUUCAAUCCUGGUCUAGACAACCCUGACAAAAGCUUUUACAUAAUCUGGCAUCUAGUAUUUGCAUUUAGAAUCAAGCUAGUAUUUGUACACAUCUCAAAAUCCCUACACAGUAUUUCACUUGGUGUUUUCUUUUCUGAUUAUUCAGCCUACAGCACCAGUGUUACCUCUGCUAAUGUAAAGGAUCCCCUACUAACCACCCGAGCUUGUCCGUCCUGGACACAACAGUUAGUACCGAACUUGCAGCAGCUUAAGGGAUUUGUAUGUCUGCAUGGAUGAAAGUGCAAUAGUUGAAAAGGGUAAGAGUCCGGGUAAGGGUUAUACUGUGUCAUUUGAAGUCUGCCUGAGUCAGUCUAGAAGAAAAUAUGAAGGAUGGGAUAGAAGUAGAAAGAGGGUAGUGUAGAUGUUAAGUCAAGGAGAAGAAAGAAACAAAGUUUAGGGAAGGAUUUAAGAAAGGCAAUAGCUUACUUGAGGACAGUUUCUGUGGUUCUUGGCAGCCUAAAUCUGUUGCCAAGGCAAGUUAUGCAAUAACCUAUUCCACUACGUUGUAGUUUCACGCAACAAAAAAGGAAAAAAAAGGCAAAAAAAAAAAAGGCACUUCACUGGAAUUUUAAUUGUACAUGAUUUUAUAUACCAAAACUAUAUUUUGAAUUUCCCAUUAUAAGUUUUAGCCAUAUUUCUUGUAAUUUUCUCCCAUUUAACAGUAUGCAAUUUGAUUAAUUCUUCAUGUACAAGUUCUGUGUAUAAUUUAUAUAUCCAUUUCUGCAGUGCUGUAACUUGCUUUUACCACAGGUUAGCAUUAACUGUAUAUAUUGUGGUGAAAAGUGAAAGGGUAUUAUUGUUGAAGAAUUUGCUACAUGAAUGUGAUGAUUUCAAGAGCCUAUGAUACACUAAUUCAGAGAACAUGUAAAUGUGCACAAUAAAGUACUGCUAAGGCA